AUGGCGGAGGAAUCACCCCUCGGCGAAGCCAUCCCUCACCCGCCCGCGCCGCGCUGCCAAACGGUGGCCCGCCCCCGCCUUCUGCCACAAGCCCAGACUACCGCCCGCUACCGCCUCAAAGCCCGCCGAAGCGCCGCCAGAUCUCGCCGGCGGCUGCUGCUGCUCCUGUGCUUCUGGAUCCACUCUCAUCUUCCCUCGCUCCGUGUCCUCUGCGCCUCGCGGCUUGGCAGUCUUACUAUCCUACCGCCCUCGCGGCCGAGCUCACCGUCCCCGCUCCGCCUCUCGCAGUUCAACUUCACCAAGUCCGGAUCUCUGAACUCGCGGCUAGAUCUCUCUGUUACCGCUCGAAAUCCUAACAAGAAGGUCGAGUUCGUCUACGAUCUGGUGACGGUCGCCGUUUCUUCCAACGGCGUCGACAUCGGCGACGGGACUUUCCCGGCGUUCGUCCACGAGGCGAAGAACACUUCGAUCUUGAAGACGGUGGUGACGAGCAAAGGAGGGAGCGUCGAUUCGACGGCGCUCCCGGAUCUGAAGAAGAAGAGCAGCUUACCUUUGGAGAUUGAUCUCGAAACUAGGGCCGGAGUCAAGUUUGGAUCGUUUAAGACGAAGAAAAUUGGGAUCAAGGUGAGUUGCGAUGGGUUCAGUGUGGCCGUUCCUAAUAAAAAGGCGGGAACUCCGGCGACCCCCGAUGUGAGCUGCAAAGUGAAGCUAAGGAUCAAGAUCUGGAAAUGGACGUUCUAGGUCGAUCCAACUUGAUUUGAAUUUACUGUAAAUUUUUACAGAUCUGGUGAGGUUUGAAUUUGAUAGUAGUUUUUGAAUUGAAUUAUUAUUGUGUAAUUCUUUUUUUUUUAACUUGUACUUGAACCUGAGUGCUAUAUAUAUAUUUUUUGUUAUUUUACAUAUUGUUGUAACUUUUUUUGUUGAAAUCGACGAGUUGAAAUUGAAGCAAGAGUCAAUUUGGAAAUAAUGACGCGUUGGGUUCGGCUUGUCUAA